AGGAAUUUAAUGAUGUCUUUCUUGGGCAGCGCUUCGCUCCGCAGCUCCUCAGCACUCCAAGGCUGCGCCGGACCCGCCGCGGCCGCCGCCAUUUUCCCGCCCGCCGCCGCCACCUCCUCCUCCUCACGGUACCGCCCCACUUUCCCGUCGGUCCUGCGGGGACCGGGGGCCGCCCUCUGUCCCCUCCCUCCCGCUCACCCCCCUCUCGCCGGCCGCCGCGGGGUUUUUAAGCGAGGAAGCGCGAAGAUGGAGGAGGUGGCGGCGUUUCGGGGCAGGGGGGGACAGCUGUGUGACAUGGCGGCUCCCUGAGGGAGGGUGAGAUGAGAGGCGGGCGGCAGCGCACUCUACCGCAGGCUUGGUGGGCGGCGGGCGGGAAGACAGCGCAGAAGGACAAGAAGAAAGGGGAAGCGAACAAGGCAGAGGAAGAAAAGGAGGAGGAGAGAGACGAUGACCUGCUGUUGGUGGAAGCCGCGGCGGCGGCAGACCCGGGCCCCGCAGCGGGUUUGUGCUCGACGGCGACAGCAGCCCCGGGCCCCGCGGCGGGUUUGUGCUCGACGGCGACAGCAGCCCCGGGCUCCGCAGCGGGUUUGUGCUCGACGGCGACAGCAGCCCCGGGCCCCGCGGCGGGUUUGUGCUCGACGGCGACAGCAGCCCCGGGCUCCGCAGCGGGUUUGUGCUCGACGGCGACAGCAGCCCCGGGCCCCGCGGCGGGUUUGUGCUCGACGGCGACAGCAGCCCCGGGCUCCGCAGCGGGUUUGUGCUCGACGGCGACAGCAGCCCCGGGCCCCGCGGCGGGUUUCUGCGCGGCCGCCGGCUCCAUUUGGAUCUACCCCACUAACUACCCGCUGCGAGCUUACCAGCUGCGGAUGGCCCAGGCCGCUCUGCUGGCCAACACGCUGGUCUGCCUGCCCACCGGGCUGGGGAAAACCUUCGUGGCCGCUGUGGUUAUGUACAACUUCUAUCGCUGGUUCCCCUCCGGGAAGGUGCUUUUCCUCGCUCCUACGAAGCCGUUGGUAGCUCAGCAGAUGGAGGCCUGCGCCAGCGUUAUGGGCAUCCCGGCCGAGCACAUGGCUGAGAUGACAGGUGGAACCCAAGCUCUUAACCGUCGGGACCUGUGGACUGCCAAGAGAGUCUUUUUCCUUACUCCUCAAAUAAUGGUGAAUGAUCUUUCUCGUGGCACCUGUCCUGCUGUGGAGAUUAAAUGUUUGGUUAUUGAUGAAGCCCACAAAGCCCUUGGAAAUCACGCCUACUGUCAGGUUGUUCGUGAGCUAAGCAAAUACACUAAUCAAUUUCGGAUCCUGGCCCUAAGUGCCACCCCAGGCAGCGACACAAAGGCUGUGCAGCAAGUCAUUUCCAACUUGCUGAUUGCUCAGAUUGAGGUCUGUGCUGAAGACUCACCAGAAAUUCAGCCUUAUUCUCACGAGAGGCAAGUGGAAAAAAUAGUCGUUCCUCUGGGUGAAGAUGUGGUAGGCAUUCAGAAUGCAUAUAUCCAGGUGCUGGAGACCUUUGCUGGACGCCUCAUUAAGAUAGGAGUUUUAGCAAGGCGAGAUGUUCCCAGCCUGACGAAGUACCAGAUCAUCCUAGCCCGAGAUCAGUACAGAAAGAACCCUUCCUCUCAAAACCUGGGAAUACACCAAGGUGUGGUUGAGGGAGAUUUUGCACUUUGUAUCAGUUUGUAUCAUGGUUAUGAGCUGCUGCUGCAGAUGGGGCUGCGGUCCUUAUUUAUCUACCUCUGUGGAAUUAUGGAUGGAUCAAAAGGUUUAACCCGUACGAAGAAUGAGCUUGGCCGUAAUGAGGGCUUCAUGCAGCUCUAUCAGCAGCUUACAGCCAUGUUUGCAGACACAGCUCUGCCUUCAGUGGAUGGAAAGGUUUACAAGGAUAAAACAGCAUUUGAAAAGAAAAAGGAAUUUAUCUAUAGCCACCCAAAAUUAAGGAAAUUGGAAGAAAUUGUAAUAGAACACUUCAAAUCGUGGAACAAAAAAUGUUCUGAUCAGGGCAGGAUGGAAAGCAUGCCUGUGGUUGCUGUGGAUACCAGGGUGAUGAUCUUCUCAUCCUUUCGAGACAGUGUACAAGAGAUUGCAGAAAUGCUCUCCAGGCUCAGCCCAGUUGUCAGAGUGAUGACAUUUGUGGGCCACUCCACAGGAAAGAGCACAAAAGGCUUCACCCAGAAGGAGCAACUUGAGGUGGUAAAACGCUUCCGUGAGGGUGGCUAUAACACCCUGGUCUCUACCUGUGUUGGAGAAGAAGGCUUGGACAUUGGAGAAGUUGAUCUAAUCAUCUGCUUUGAUGCCCAGAAGAGCCCAAUUCGUCUGGUGCAGAGGAUGGGCCGGACGGGGCGCAGGCGGCAGGGCAGGAUCGUCGUCAUCCUGGCUGAGGGGCGUGAGGAACGAACAUACAACCAAAGCCAGUUGAACAAGAGGAGCAUCCACAAAGCUAUUUCAGGAAACAAGAUGCUCCACUUCUACCAGCACAGCCCACGGAUGAUUCCAGAGGGCAUCAAUCCAAAGCUGCAUAAAAUGUUCAUCACUGCUGAAAAAUAUGAGCCCAGCAACUCCACAGUGCUUUCCAAAGAGAGAAGAUCCAGCUCCCUCCAGCACAAAUCUCUCUUUUCCUGUGUCACUGGCCAGAAGCAACUGCAGCAUCAUGAGAAAUGGGCUCUGUCACCUGAGGAGUUUGAACUUUGGGACAGAGUUUAUAGAAUUAAGGAAGAUGAUGGAUUGAAGGAACCAGUGUUGCCUCAAAGUCAAUUUGAGACCUUGGAAAACCUGGAAGAAAUGCCACUGCAGAAGCACCAAGUGGAGGCAAGUCAUGAACUUUCCUUGUCUGAGUGGAGUGUUUGGCAGAAUCAUCCCUUCCCUACAUCCAUGGUUGACCAUUCGGAUCGCUGCUACCAUUUCAUCAGCAUUAUGGAGAUGAUAGAGCUGCUGAGGCAUGAACAGGGAGACUGCAGCUAUGACCUGGAGAUGCAGCCUCAUUUGCAGAUGGGAGAUGUCCAUGUCAGGAGGAGGAAGAGCCAUCUGGCCAGCAGCAGCUCCGAGUUGGAUCAGAGAGCAUGCCCAUCUGGAAAAGGCACGGCACACGGGGCGAGAGGAAAACCAGCUUCACUGGGCAGAAAUGAUGAUGGGAGUGAACUCUUUGCCACAUUCAAAGUAACAAAGGCUCUCAGAAGAAGUUCAGGGUUAGAUGGGGACUUGCCUUUGUUGCCCUCAGAUGCCAAUGGCUCAGCUUCUUCCUCAGCGACACAGCUUCCUGCUGUUGAAAGCACUGAGCAGGGCAGUCAAGAGGACGAGAAACUGGAGGUGACUUUUGACUUAAAUGAGUCUUUUGAUCUUUGUGACAACAGUGAAAGCCCUGGAAUUCCUGAAAGUGCAGCAAGGAAGGAAUGCAGAGCUGUGGCUAAAGCUUGUAGGUCACUGGGGACAACCCAUGCAGAUUCAGGUUAUGGGAGCUUCACAGCUGAGAAAUCCCCUCUGUCCUCUAACUUAUUUUAUCUUCCUGAGUCAUACCUGGAUUCGUUUGCUCUUGUGAGGCCAGCUGAGGAGCCUUCUUGGGUAAAGAACACAUCUUCUCCUGUGAAAAGGCUUUUAGCACAGUCUCCUCCCUCUCUGAAUCACCUUGAUGCUAUUGAAAGCAGACUGAGCAAUGAAGAAACACCACAGCCCCUCCAAAAAGCAGUUCCUGGUAGUUCUUCAGACAGGCUGCAGGCCCAAGUCUUUCCUGUGGCUUCAGAAGCUGAUGGUUCACUGCUGCUCUUUGAGCACCCUGAGCUGAGAGUCACCAAUGAAUCCUGUGCUUCUAUCCCUGUCUGUUUGUCACAACCUGUGUCAGCUCCUGAGGCCAAAGAGGAGGUUCCCUGGGAUGACAGCUUUGAGGGUCUGCUUGGCAAUGAAGAAUUCCCUGAAAUCCAAAGGACAACUCCAAAUCACACUGCAACAAAUAACCCUUUGAAGAAGAGUUUUGUCCAAAAGGAUGAAGAUCUGGAACUGAAUAAGCAAGAAGUGAGAGUGGAGGAGAAGAGUGUCUGUUCAGUUGAAGAUGAGUGUACUUAUAAGGCAAACAAUGCAAGUAAUUCUAUGAGCAAGAAGCACUUCACAUCCUCACCUGAACCCUACUUGAUCAUCAGGCCAGAGGCAGAGCAAGGCCCUGAGUGGCUUCCUUCAGAGGUGAGCUGCCUGAAUGCUGACAAAACCUGCAAGGAGCAACCAACCAGCAGUAAACCCAGCACUAUGGAGGUGUCAGGGGACACCACUGUGGCCAAGCAGCUUCUGGACAAUGCUGAUCUUUAUGAUUACUCUCAAGAGCUCUUUUCUGUCAACUUUGAACUGGGGUUUUCCAUUGAAGAGUGUGAGGAUGAAAUCCUCAAGGAAGAGAACAGUAACACCAGAAAGUCAACCAGUACCUCAGGGACUCAUGGAGAUGUUAACUCCAAAUUACUGGAGGACAGCCCCAGGCUUGAAACAUCACCAAAAUGGGAUUGCAGGAGUCUUGAGAGAAGACACAUCUCCACACCAUUGCUCUUCCAGAGAAGGGACGUGAAGGACAGUGAAGGGGCUGAGGAUGCUACCACCUCUGUGCCUUUCUUGGAGUCAGGAGGCAGGAGGAAGGGAAAAGGAUCACCUGAAGCUUUGGCUUUUGCACUUUCUACUCCAACACGUGGAAAGGUUCUCAAAAAGGCUCCUAGGAACAUCUUCUCUAGUGCCAAAAAGGAGAUUCCAGAGGCAAGUUUUGCAGAAAAAGUAAAUAAAAGCCCUCACAGGCAGGACUGUGGGAGGUCAGCCAUAGAUAGGCUUGGUUCACCUUUAAGAGGAACUGAAAACCUGGAAGACAUCAACCCUCAUCCCUUGUGUGUGUCUCCUGCUGCAGGACCCAGCAGUGAGAGCGAAGAAGAAAUCGUUUUCCAGAGAAAGCAUAGUAGGAAAGUGAAUGUUUUGAAGUCUCCUGAUGCUCCGAAUGACUCCAAUUUCGAGUCGCCCGUCCAUGCCGCCAGGAAGCGCCGACGGCCUCUAGACGUGUCUGACAGGUCCAGUGAUGACAGCAGCAUGGAUUUUCAGAAGAGCCCCAGGAAAACCACAGCCACCAGCUCAGCAGCUGCUGACAGAAACCGGCCGAGAAGCACAAAGCGGCAGAAGGUCAAGAGCAGUUUUCCACGCAGGCAUGCAGCAAGACAGUUUCUAGAUGAAGAAGCUGAGCUGUCUGAGGAGGAUGCAGAGGUUGUCUCAUCUGAUGAGAAUGAGGAUACAGACAAUGAGCUGAGCUCUUCCCUUGCUCAGUUCCUGAACGACGAAGCAGAGGUCACGCAGGUGUUAAAUGACUGUGAGAUGAAAGGAGUUUACCUGAAGUCCGUGCGUAGUCCAGCUCUGGGCACCAGAUACAAAAUGGUCCAUCGUGAAUUCAACAGCACAGCCAUUUUCUCACAGGUUCCUGAGCAAGACCAGACUUAUGCAGAAGACAGCUUCUGCGUGGGAGAGGAGGAGGAGGAGCUUUGCCCAAAAAGUGAAUCUAGUGAGGAAGAAGUGAGUGUGAAUUUUGAUCUCCUGCACAAUGAAACCUUCGCUGGUGGGAGGAAGCAGUACCUGACGCGCCGCAGGAGGAGGCUGAACCAGGCCAGGGUGGAGGAGACCUGCUCUGUCCCACUUCAGAAGAAGAAACCAUCCCGAAUUGUUGUCCUCACUGACUCCAGUGGGGAUGAAAGCAGCAGCAGCAGAGAGAAGCCAGUGAGAGGGGAUGAAAGCAGCAGCAGCAGAGAGAAGCCUGUGAGAGGGGAUGAAAGCAGCAGCAGCAGCAGAGAGAAGCCUGUGAGAGGGGAUGAAAGCAGCAGCAGCAGAGAGAAGCCUGUAAGACCAGACUGUUUGAGGGCAGAACAGAAAACCAAGCCACCCCAGGUGCUGCCUUCAGCCUCCUCUGUUCAGCAUGAAAGAACUGCUGGGGAUGUGAUUGCUCAGCAGUCUGGGAAGGACAAGAGGGACUUACUUCUUGGGUUGAAGGCUUCAGGAUCUGAAAUGCUGGAUUUUCACCCAGAGCAUCGUGGCAGGAGGACAGGCUCUCCAUCCACUGUCCCUGAGCUGGGGAAGGAGAAUCUCCAGGCUCCCCCUGAGGUGGAGAGCUCCUUGAGCAGUGCCUGCAGGAACCCUUCAGUUCUGCUUCCCUCUUCUUCCAUGAAGACCUCUGCGGCUCCAGCUCCGUUUCCACCUGCUCCUCUGGAGAAGCCUCCUUCCCUCUGCAUUCUGGCAGACAGCAGGGAGAUCUCCUCUGGAGCUGAGGUGAUCUCCUCUUUGAAGGCACUGCACAGCAUGAAGGUGCAGGUUUGCUCCCUGGGCAGCGGUGAUUACGUGGUCAGCAACCGCCUGGCUGUGGAGAGGAUGUUUCUGUCCGAGCUGCUGAGCCCAGCCAGCAGGAGCAAGGUCACCCAGAAGAUCCAGUGCCUGCAAAGCACCUUUGAGAGGGUCUGUGUGAUUGUGGAGAAGGACAGGGCAAAAGCAGGAGAAGCAUCUCGCAUCUGCCAGAGGACGCAGUACUGUGACGGUGUCCUCGCAGCCCUGCUCCAGGCCGGAGUGCGAAUUCUCUUCAGCUCUUGCCAAGAGGAAAGUGCUGCUCUGCUGAAGGACCUGGCUUUGGUGGAGCAGAGGAAAAAUGCUGCCAUUUGUGUGCCAAUAGAGGUGGAGUCUCACAGGAGGGAAAUGCUCAACUUCUACCUGACCAUUCCCAACCUCAGCUACCCAGCUGCUCUCAACAUGUGCCAUCGCUUCAGCUCCCUCAAGGAGCUGGCCAACAGCUCCCCCAUGGAGAUUGCUGCUGGUGCCCAGGUCAGUGCACAGAAGGCAGAGGAGAUCUUCCACUACCUCCACUAUGGCUUUGACCUGCACAUGCUGCCUGACAACUCCAGUACCAAGGGGAGAAGCAACACCAAGAGCUGAGGGGAUAAAAAAGGGCUUGGGGACUCCUCCCCUCUGCCCCUAAGGCUGUUUUCUUUUAAUUGCACUUUAUGGAGCCGUGGGUCACUGUAAAAUGUUGUAAAUAAAUCCUUCUGGAAACAUCAA